AUGACGCGUUGGCGACGAGGGCAUGUGCUUGCAGCCAGUGCAACCACGGCCGCUGCACUGUUUGCACUCAGAUGGUCGUACGUGACGGUGGCGGUGGUGCUGGUUCGGUCCAUCUCACCCAACUUUGCCAAGCUGUUCUCCAAGCGCAACAAGCUGAGCGAGGCCUUCCGCACGGCUGUUGGGCGACUUGUCACCCACAGCGAAGCCAUUGCCGCCCUCAACGGCGACGCACGCGAGCAGUCCAUUGUGCAGCAGGCGUUUGCCAGCCUCAACAGCCACAUCACGCGCAUGAUCAGCACUCAGUGGCGGUUUGGCAUGGCGGAGGACUUUAUCACCAAGUACGCAGCGUCCACCAUGGCCAUGAUUGUCAUCCUGGGGCCGUUCUUUGGUGGCGACCUGCGUACAGACUACACACCGGAAGGGAACGCCACCACGCUGUCCACGAUGCGCUACGUGACAAGCGUCAUCAUCCACCAGCUCACCGCCAUUGCCGGGCUGGCCCGUUGCCUGCGCAAGAUCAUGUCUCUGCAGAGCUACGUGCGGCGUGUGGGCGGCAUGCGCGAUGCCUUGCUGGAGAUUGCCGCACACGAGCAGGAGGAGGUACAGUUUGCGGAUGGAGACGCCAUUGCCUUUGAUGGCGUCGAGGUUGUCACGCCAACAGGCCAGAAACUCGUCUCUGACCUGUCCUUCCACGUGCAACCUGGCCGCAACAUGCUCAUCACGGGCCCGAACGGCGCCGGCAAGUCAAGCAUCUUCCGCUGCCUCGGCGCGCUGUGGACGGUGCAGCGUGGCACCAUCACCCGCCCCGGUGGCAGCGGCCAGGGUCUGCACGACAAGGUGUUCUACCUGCCGCAGAAGCCGUACAACGUUGUUGGCGACCUGCGUGACCAGAUCAUGUACCCGGUCACCUCAGAGGCGACCAAAGCCGCGCUGAGCGACGAGGACCUGCGGGCCCUGCUUCAACUCGUCGACCUUGCCUACCUCGUCGACCGCAGCCAGGCCACCACCGCCGUCAACUGGGAGCAGACCCUCAGCCUUGGCGAGACGCAGCGGCUGGCCAUGGCACGCCUCUUCUACCACCGGCCCGUCUUUGCCAUCCUGGACGAGUGCACGAGCGCGGUGUCGCACGCCAUGGAGCGUCGCCUGUACCGGCUGUGCGCCAAGUACAACAUCACGUGCAUCACCAUCAGCCACCGACCCGCCCUGACGGCCUUCCACGACCUGCGGCUGGAGCUGGACGGCAAGGGCGGUUAUGAUGUGCAGGAACUCGCACACAACACAACAGCCAUGCUGCGCCACUCAAGUGACAGCAGCAGCAGCAGUAGCAAUGCCGAUGAUGAUGGUGGCGAUGGAAGCGUGAGUCGUGAGAGUGACGAUGCCAUCGUUGUCCCGCAUCCUUCGGCUUCUCUUGUGCAGCACGCCAGCGACGGUGGUGAGGAUGGCGAGGAGAAGAACAUCACCUUGACCCAUCAUCAUCAUCAUCAUCAUCAUCACCACCACCAGCAGCAGCCACGCGAGCACGCCUCUCUGGCCUCCCCCCUGACCAGCAUGCCUCGCACAUCACGGCUGCGUCGACUCUUCAAGCUGCUGCGCUUCCUCGUGCCGUCCAUCACCAAGCGGGCAGGCAAGAUGCUUGUCGCCCUGGGUGCUGUUGUCAUCUUCCGCGUUGCGCUGACAGACCGCAUUGCCCGCCUGAACGGCGAGACGGUUCGCUUGCUGCUGUUGGAUGACCUGCCUGGCUUCAAGCGCCUCGUUGGCAUCAGCCUGCUGCAGUGCGUUGCGUCAAGCGUCCUUGCGCCAACCCUCAUCUACCUCACCCGCUCCCUCAGCCUCCACUGGCGCAACCAGCUUCAGGACAGACUCUCCGCCCUGUUCUUCAAACGCAAGGCGUUCUACAAAGCAAUUCAUGUGCAUCCGGACAUCACAAAUGUCGAACAGCGCAUGACAGACGACAUCGAGAAGCUGUGCCUGGAACUGGCCAACACCUUCCCCGACAUUGUCAAGCCUGUUGCGGACCUGGUGUGGUUCAGCCUGCAGUCUUGGCGCCUCAUUGGUGCCCGCCGCACCGCAAUGCUCUACACAUAUGUUGUCGUCGGCUUUGCUGUUCUCAAGUCCAUCACGCCAAACUUUGAGGGGCUCGUCAAGAAGUCGGCCACUCUCGAGGGUUCCUUCAGGUUUGUCCAGCGCCGCCUGCGCACGCAUGGCGAGUCAAUUGCCUUUUUCGGCGGAAACGAGAAGGAGGGAAGCAUUGCCCUCGCCGCCUUCAACGACAUUGUCAAGCACACCAAGCACACGGUUGCGAGCAAGUGGAUGUACGGGAUUGUGGACAACUUUGUUGUCAAGCAGCUGCCAACCAUCGUCACCUGGGUCCUUUCGCUCAUGUAUGCGCAGCAGGUAUCGCCGACUGCUGCGUACACGCAGGAUGUGCGCGAGGGCGGGCAGCUUGGCUUUGACCUCCGCUUCGUUGCCAGCGCCAUCUCCCACAUCUUCAUUGGCUCCGGCGAAAUGCUCCAGCUGCUCAAGCGCUUCCAGGAGCUCAGCGGCUACGCGCGCCGUGUCAUUGAGAUGGAGGACCUGCUGCUUGCGUUGGACGCGCAGAGCCAGCGGCGGGAGGGCGCCGGUGCCGUGCUUGCAGGCAACAUGAUCACCUUUGAGGGCGCAGACAUUGUCACGCCCACAGGCCGGACCCUCAUCAACGACCUGACGCUCUCCAUUCCACAGGGAGAAGCACUGCUCAUCACGGGUCCAAACACAUCCGGCAAGAGCUCCCUCUUCCGUGUGCUUGGUGGGCUGUGGCCGUUGCGUGCAGGCACCAUUGUCAAGCCAGGCGGCCACCAUAACACAACCGUGAAGGAGCUGUUCCUGGUGCCGCAGCGUCCCUACUGCGCAUCCGGCUCGCUCGCAGACCAGAUCACAUAUCCCGAGACUGCCGACACAGCAGACCCCGCUGUCAUCGCCCGGCUGAACGCACUGCUUGCCUCUGUGAACCUGAGCUAUCUCGUGGACCGGCAGGGCGGAUGGGACGCCGUCGAUGCCUGGGAGAACGUGUUGAGUCUUGGGGAGCAGCAACGGCUCGGCAUGGCGCGGUUGUUCUUCCACGAACCGCUCUACGGCGUGCUCGACCAGUGCACAGACGCUGUGAGCGUUGACGUCGAGGAGCAGCUGUACCGAGAGGCGGAGAAGCGUGGCAUCACCAUCAUCACCAUCUCGCAGCGUGCAGCUCUCACCACGCACCACACGAAGGAACUGCAACUGCUUGGUGUGGACGCAGCCUGGAAAAUCAACGCCACACAGGCGAUAGCAGAUGCACACGGUACAGAUGGCGGUGAUGCUGACAAGGGGAGCACCCCUGCGGCCAGUGGUCGUGAUGAUGAUGAUGAUGGUGGUGAUGAUGGUGAUGGUGAUGGUGGCAGCAGCGAUGAGGACGUGGAGGACCUGAUGGCCCAUUGAUGCGUGGACACGAACACGUUUGACGUUUUCCACACUAGCUGCUGUUUUUGCUUGCUCGUGCUUGCUUGCUUGCUUGCUUGCGCCUGUUGAUUGUUCUUUACAACCUCUGUCUCUCUAUGUGCCUCUUCCUCUCCUCCUGUUCUCUCUUGUUCUCGCGUUAUGACCCGGGUGUUUGUUGCGUACCAUGUGUUAGCUUUGCUCGGAACGGUGGGUCUUUGUUGGGUGAUGGCGUUCACAUGACUCCAAUACAGUGUCACUGCCAUUUGUGAAUGGUGAGGAACCAAACCA